UCGCUAGCUCCAAACAAACAUCCCAUGUGGUCUCGUUCCUUGACGACGCCCGCCCCAUAACCGGCCUCAUCGAUCGAUCAGAACCGGCCAAUAGAUAUUCUUCUCUUCCUAUCCCCUACCUCGCUAACCCAAGCUAGCUUCACAGCAUCGUCACUCCUCGCUAGACAGUCCAUACGAACGUGAGGCCGGCCAGCUGCUGCUGAUCUUCGUCUCUCUCCGUGAAGGGUUGAUUAAGGCGUAGAGAGAAGAAGAGAGGUAGCAUGUGGGAGUCGGAGAGCGAGAGCCACGUCGGCGAGCGGGGGCUCGUCCCCGUCGGCGGCGGCGGGUCGGCGCGGCACGAGGCGCUCAAGAACGACGGCUUCGUUCGCAGAGACCAGUCCUGGUAUGUGAACAGUGACAUCCCUAGCGAUUUGCUUGUCAAAGUCGGAGGUGUGAGCUUCCAUCUUCACAAGUACCCGAUGAUCUCCCGGAGCGGCCGGAUGAGCCGCGUCAUCUACGAGACGGCGUCCGCGGUGGCGGUGCACGCCGUUGACAUGGACACGGCCGUCGUGGACCUUGACGACCUCCCCGGCGGCGCGGACUCGUUCGAGCUGGCGGCCCGGUUCUGCUACGGCAUGGCCGUGGACCUGACAGCGUAUAACAUCUCCGGCCUGCGCUGCGCCGCCGAGUUCCUGGAGAUGACGGAGGACCUGGAGGAAGGCAACCUCAUCUUCAAGACGGAGGCGUUCCUCAGCUACGUGGUGCUGUCAUCGUGGCGGGACUCCAUCGUCGUGCUCAAGGGCUGCGAGGGCCUCUCCCCGUGGGCCGAGAACCUGCAGAUCGUGCGCCGCUGCAGCGAGUCCAUCGCCUGGAAGGCCUGCGCCAACCCCAGGGGCGUGCGCUGGGCGUACACCGGGAACGCUGGCGCCGGCGCCGCGGGCGGCGGUGGCAGGCCGCCCAGGGGUGGCACGGCGAGCCCCCGGUGGAACCUCGGCGGCGGCAGCGGCGGCGGAGACUCGAAGGAGUCCAGCCCCAGCCGUCAGGCCGUGCCGCCGGCGGACUGGUGGUUCGAGGACGUGUCCGUGCUCAGGAUCGACCACUUCGUGCGCGUCGUCACCGCCAUCAAGGUCAAAGGCAUGCGGUUCAACCUCAUCGGCGCGGCGAUCAGCCACUACGCGUCCAAAUGGCUCCCGGGGCUGACCAAGGACGGGCCGCACGGCGGAGUCCUCGACGAGCCCUGGGCGCAGGCGUCCACAACCGGCGGGCUCCACAUGAUCAUCGCCGGCGGCGGCGGCAAGGACGACAUGGCCGCGAGCGCGCCGGCGCGCGAGCAGCGCAUGGUGGUGGAGAGCCUGAUCAGCAUCAUCCCGCCGCAGCGUGACAGCGUCUCCUGCGGCUUCCUCCUCCGCCUGCUCCGCCUAGCCAUCAUGCUCAAGGCCGCCCCCGCGCUGGUCACGGAGCUGGAGAAGCGCGUCGGCAUGCAGCUCGAGCAUGCGGUGCUGGCCGACCUCCUCAUUCCGUCCUACGGCCGCGCCGACACCGCCUACGACGUCGACCUCGUGCAGCGCCUCGUCGAGCACUUCUUGGUGCAGGAGCAGACGGAGCUGGCGUCCAGCCCGGGACGUGGGGAGCAGCAGCCCGAGUACUGUGGCGCGAGGAUGGCCGCGGAGUCGGCGUCGUCGUCGUCGGGGCUGAACGCCAAGGCCCGUGUCGCCCGGCUGCUCGACAGCUACCUCUCCGAGGUCUCCCGCGACCGCAACCUCUCGCUGACCAAGUUCCAGGUCCUGGCCGAGUCGCUCCCGGAGUCGGCGCGCACCUGCGACGACGGCCUCUACCGCGCUGUAGACUCGUACCUCAAGGCGCACCCGACGCUGACGGAGCACGAGCGGAAGCGGAUGUGCCGUGUGAUGGACUGCCAGAAGCUGUCGUUCGACGCGUGCAUGCACGCGGCGCAGAACGAGCGGCUGCCGCUGCGGGUGGUAGUGCAGGUGCUCUUCUCGGAGCAGGUCAAGAUCAGCAACGCACUCGCCAGCUCCUCCUCCUCCGGGAUCAAGCCUCCACUGCCGCCGGACGUGGGCGCGCUGCCGACGACGCGGCGGCAGCUGCUGGACGGUACGCCGCAGUCGUUCCAGGAGGGGUGGGCGGCGGCGAAGAAGGACAUCAACACGCUCAAGUUCGAGCUGGAGAGCAUGAAGGCCAAGUACCUGGAGCUGCAGCACGAGAUGGACGCGCUUCAGAAGCAGGUGGAGCGGGCCGCGCCAUCGCCCGCGGCCGGCCCAAAGAUCGCCGGCAGCGCCAAGCAGCAGGGGCCCUCGGCUUGGAGCAGCGGAUGGAAGAAGCUGGGCAGGCUGGCCAGGAUGAACGGCACCGACGCGGCGGGGCCCGACGGCCACCCAGCCGCACCCGGCGAGGGGGCGAGGAAGGGGCCCCGGAGGUGGAGGAACUCCAUCUCGUGAGCAAAGCAGCUUCGUAUUACGAGCGAUCAGCGAGCAGUGUAUGCGGCAUAGCUAGUAACUUGUUGCUGCAUCGAUUUCGUUCGUGUAAGCGUAAUCAAUUAUAGCUUGAACAGAGGAAAUUAAAGCACAGUUAAUAUUGAGAGUGUCCAUUUGUGCAGACUAUAUAUUUUGGGAUAGGAUCGUCUGUUUCGAGUGUGCUUCCUGCA